AUGAGCUCCGCUGAGGCCGAAGCCGGGGCUGAAGCCGAGCCCGAGUCAGAGGGGGCCGCUGGGGGUGGCGUAGUUGGCGGCAGCGGCGGCACCACGCGGAUCAGGGUGCCCAACUUGAACUCUGAUGACCCGCAGGAACGGAUCGCCGCCCGCCGACUCCGUAUCGCUGCCCGGCUAGAGGCCAAGCGCAGGGAGGCCCUCGGAGAAGAUUCAGAAUUAAAGAAGCUUGUGGAGGAAGAAAAGAGCAGGAGCUACAAACAAAUAGAGGAGAGCAGACAGAGACUGGCCAAACUGCUGCUCGAUGGCACACAACUGGUGACAAACAUCCAGGUGGCAGCAGAUGCUCGGGAGGCACAGAGGAGGUCAGAGGAAGAGGAGCUGACUCGGCAGAGGCUUGAGAAGCUGGAAAACGAAGCCAAAGCCAACCAGGACAAGUUUGAUGAGAUCACCUCCAAGUGGGGCAGUGCCAAGGAGAAGAUCAUCCCCCAAGACUUGUGGGAGGUGCUUAACUUGCAGCAGCAGCAUUGUGCACUCCUGAUUGAGGAGAAAAACAAGCUCAUCAGCGAGUUGCAGCAGGAAUUGAAGAGCAAAGAUGACCAGUAUGUGAAGGACCUCAAGAAGCAGUCAGAUGAUGUUAAUCUUCUGCUGGAGCGAAUGGAGGAGCAAAUAAGGAAUGUUAUGAAAAACUACCGUCGAGAACUCUUGCAAAUUGAGAAGGCCUUUGAACUGGAGCUUCGUGUUCGUCGUGAACGACUGACAUGCAACAGGAAGAAAUGGGACCAAGCUAUGCAAGCCCUCAACCAGCAAGAGUUGGAGUUCAUGACUGCCCGCCUGAAGAAAGUGGAAGAGUAUGAGUGGGAGCUGAACCGGCUGCGGGUGCAAGAUGCCGAGGAAUACAACGUUAUCAAGAUCAAGCUGGAGCAUGACGUGCAGAUCCUAGAGCAACAGCUCCAGCAGAUGAAAGCCACGUACCAGCUGAACCAAGAGAAGCUGGAGUACAACUUCCAGGUGCUGAAGAAGCGAGACGAGGAGAACACCAUUAUCAAAUCCCAACAGAAGCGGAAGCUCAAUCGGUUGCAUGAUGUGCUCAACAACUUGCGCCUGAAGCUGGCCAAGCAGAUCAAGCAGUACCGCGAGGAGAACCAGACGCUGACAGCUGACUACAAGCGCAUCGUGGAGCAGUAUAAGGAUCUGCAGAGGACCAUGAGACACUUUGCCAUCGUGGACGCCGAGCACUUUUUGGAGGUGUGGCUGAUGAAUGAGGAGGAGGCCAAGGGGCUGAUCCGCAAAGCCCUCGAUGCCGACCGGAUCAUCAGCAUGCAGCAGCUGGGCCUGCCCUGGCUGGAGCCGGACAGCUGGUUUCUGCACAACGUGGGGCCCCUCAUGCAUUACAAGAAGAAGAAAUCGGCCACCGAGCUGGCCCAGGAGGUGCUGAUGAUGGAAAGUAAGCAGUGGUUUCCUCCAGACCUCAAGGGGACUGUCGACGCCGAAGCAAAAGUUCGGACUCUUGAGUCCAUCUCACCAGCAACCGUCAAGCAUGUCUUGGAGCUCCUGUGUGAUGAGGCGGGCUUUGUGAUCGAGAGCAAGCUGCGAGGGCUCCUCCAGCCUCUGGAGAAGCAUGACCGCACCCUCAUGAAGCUGGACUCCAUUUUCACGGCCCUGUCAAUCGAUAAUGAAGAUGAUUUGUAUUACAUGGUGGACUUCUUCAUGGAUUACAAGGCUAAGUGGAUGGACUUCCCUGAAGCCAAGGGUCUUGUGGGCUCAGCCGUGGACCCCUCCACUAUAUACAUGCACCCCAAUGACAUCCUGAAGGCCCUGAGGGCUUUUGUGCAGGAGUUCAAGGAGCCAAGGGGGAAGCACCCCUGCUUGAAGCAUGUACAAGAAGAGCGGGACACCUCCAAGGACUCUGAGUAUUGGGACGCAUUGGCCCACGUCAUCCCGGAUGGGAAGCUGAAGUUGUGGGAUGCACUGAUAGAAGCCUUGCGGAAAUACGACUACAUUCUGACUCAGAGAGACAAGUUGAUCACGGAGACGGAUGGGCUGCAGAAGCAGAAUGCAGAGCUGCGGAUGCUGCUCCAUCAGUAUCUGCAUUCUCCAGUCAACGCUGAGCUGCUGAUCCCUCCCACCCACCUCCUGAACCUGCAGCCCGGUCCCCCGCGAUCGUCUCCGCUGCCGGAAUAG